CUGUUACAUUCCUCCAUAUCAAGGCACGUGACCAAUGUCAUGAAGUCGUCGACGUAUCUACAAGAUAGAAAAGUCCAUGAUAUUCACCUUUGGUUUCUUCACUUUCUCUUCUUGCGUACAACCCAUUGAACUCAUCCCGAACACCCCGACCUGCCUCGAUCUACAAACCGGACCAGCCUACGAGGUCUUGCCACAUCUUCAUUGCCAUCAGCUUCCGCUCCGAUAUGGUUUGCCACUGCUUCGCCGCGAAGAAUAUCGCGUUCACCUUACGUUGACACAAUUUGAUGGACGGUUUGCGUCCUUGACUGAAUCAUGGCGAGCAAUGCGCGUAUGCUCCUCGACCCCAAGUCCAUCAAGAAGAACCCAAAUCUUGCAGAUGCACGUCACUCACGUACACCGGUGGACUCCAAUGGUGAAAAGACACCCUCGCCGCAGCAACAACGCAAGCCCGCGAACUCUUCACCUUCACCUGGUCGACUGCCUCCAACCGCCUAUCAUAGAGCGCUGCUAGAUCCCCGAGCAUCUCUCAAGUCCUCAGCAUCAAAGUCAAAGCCUCCGUUUUUCUCGGCUGCCAUUCCAGAUCAUACUAUUAAUGACACGCAUGCACAAGCUACAACUCCGAUUGGACUGGAACGCCAGAACAGUGGUCCCAGAUCGCUGCUGGAGGGCCUCUAUGGAGUUGAGUCUCGAGCCGAUAACCCUCGAAAGAAGGUCAAAAUCACCACCACUGAGGAGCCAACGCCGCCGAGCAAGACCACAUCACAUACUCAUCACCCCAGUAAUGGUAUCAUUGGCCAGUAUAUGCGACCAGAUCCAGACAAAUCUACUGCAGCCACCUUAAAUUCGUUAGUUGAUUUGACCAAUACUGAUGAUGAGCCGGAUGAUGAUGUCGAGAUUGUAUCUUCCCGAACACUGGAUGAUCAAGAAGUCUGCUACGGCCAUCUCGCCACUUAUGCACAUGCGCAUAUGAUUCCCAAGCUCAAGCACGAGUCAGCGUUCCACAGGGAAGGCGAGUGGCCGGUCAUAAAAUGUACCCUCGGACGCACGCCUGCAAAGGAUACUGUCAUUGAUGUGAUAGACCCUUGGGGCGCUGGAUUCGCUAAAGUGGACCCGGAGUUGGCUAUGGUUCUGGCUCCAGUCCUAGAUGGUAUUCCAGGAUUACGCACGCAGGCGAGACUCGUCAACCGACGCAAGAAGCCAGGCGAGUGGGCUCACCAACCCUGCUCGGAAAAGUUGAGGAUGAUUGUGAACAUCUACGGACGCAGGGGAGAUGUUGCUAGGAUCGGCAAGAUUUUCGGCCAGCACAAUCUAUGGCUUCGGCCUCCCAUGGCUCCAGAACCCGGCAUACCAAUCGUCAAUCCUCAUGCACGCAAAACGCCUCUACCACAACCUCCACGAAACACAGGCCAAGGGCGACUGCUUGCAGAGUCUCGCACUGUGGAGGAAGCCACAGAGGCUGUCUCGAAGCUCUUUGAUUCCUUUGCCAAUGCCGCACCCACUUUGGCCGAAACCGAGCCGCCAGCAUCGAUCAUCAAAACGCCGUUGUUAAGUCAUCAAAAGCAAGCACUCACAUUCAUGCUGCAACAUGAGCAGCCGAGAACGUAUGGAAAAGAAGAGUCCGAGAACUCUUCUUUGUGGCGCCGUAAGACCAACAAGACUGGAGGCACAGUAUAUCAUGAAGUUGUCAGUGGUAUAACGCUCAAGGAUGAGCCAGACCAAGUUCUUGGUGGCCUACUUGCCGAUGUUAUGGGCCUAGGAAAGACUCUAGAAGCCUUAUCACUAGUCGGCAGCACUUCAGAAGAAUCGGUGACAUUCGGCCAAGAAAAGGUCGUUCGUGACGAUCAAAACAUACUUCUGCUCAACACGAAAGCAACACUCAUAGUCUGUCCGACCAGUACGGUCCAAAACUGGGAGGACCAGAUCGCGACGCACAUUGUCCCGGAGAGUAUGACCUACCAUGUUUACCACGGUCCACAUCGAGAGCGGAACCCAUAUUCGCUAUCAAAGUACGACAUCGUCAUAGCGACCUACGGAGUCGUGGCAUCUGAAUUCUCUGGUCGGAGUUCGGCGACUGUGAGUCCUUUGAAACAACUCCAGUGGUUCAGGAUCAUCCUUGACGAGGCCCAUACGAUCCGUGAGCAAAGAGCUCUGCAGUCUCAAGCUAUCUUCAGCCUUGAGGCGCAACGUCGCUGGUGUUUGACUGGAACGCCAAUACAGAACCGACUUGAUGACCUGGGAUCUCUGACCAGGUAUUUGCGACUCUAUCCUUACGAUACCGCGAUGCGGUUCAAUCAAUACAUCAGGGGUCCUGCUCAAGCAGGCGACGCGGGCUUUCUGAAGGCCUUGCGUGUAUUUGUAGACUCUUUCACCCUGCGUCGUUUAAGAGAUCGGAUCGACUUGCCGGAGAGAAAGGACUUUGUGGAGCUUCUUGACUUUUCGCCGGAGGAAAAGCGCCUUCACGACUUCUUCAAGGAAAUCGCUCAUGUCCAAAUUCAAGAGUUGGCACGUGCCAGGGAGAAGAACAGUGGGGUUCAGCACCAUGUUCUUCGUGGCAUCAUGACCCUACGACUCAUUUGCGCUCAUGGACGCGAUUUGUUGAAGGAGAAAGAUCUCGAGCGACUCAAGGGUAUCAGCCAGUCAGACGCUAUUGACGUUGACGAAGAAAUGAAACCCCCGACUAUCUCGGGUCAAUCCGCUUACGAGUCGCUGAAUCUGAUGACUGAAGCUGAUUUGGAUCUCUGUCGCAGAUGUGAAAGGAAGAUCAGCAGUGGUAAUGCGCAGAUUGAAUCUGAGGACGACGACCAAGGUAUCCGCUGCUACGUCUUGCCUUGCUUUGACCUGAUAUGUGCCGACUGCUUCGAGCCAGAGAAAGAGACCUUCGAUAGCAGGCCAGACAAGGAGCCAGUGACGUGUCCAUACUGUUCGAAAUGCAUCAGUGCACAAUAUGUUGGAUUUAGUGGAUCCACUGCACGAGAGAUAUAUGCCGCACCAGACGACAACAUCGCCGAAGAUGAGGGCGGCGAGAAGGACGACACUGAUCACAGCUACCAAGGGCCCCACACGAAGACCAAAGCGCUGUUACAAGAUCUUGCGAUUAUGACCCAGGAAAGCGCACCACUAGAGGCAGCCGGGGAGCCGCCUCUCAAGUGUGUGGUCUUCUCCGAAUUUACAUCUCAUUUGGAUCUUAUCGAGAUUGCACUUCGAGCUCAUGGAUACUCGUUCGUGAGGAUUGAUGGCAAAAUGUCUUUGAGCAAUCGCAAGCGGUCAAUGGACUCACUCGCUUCCGACAACAACAUUAGCAUCCUCCUCGCUUCCAUCAAAGCAGCAGGACAAGGGCUCAACCUCACUGCUGCCUCUCGAGCAUUCAUCAUGGAGCCAAUGUGGAACCCAGCCGCCGAGGCGCAAGCAGUCGACCGCAUCUAUCGAAUUGGACAGAAGCGGCCAGUAUUGGUUAAGCGAUAUCAAAUGAGAGACAGCAUCGAGAGAAAGAUUGUUGAAUUGCAGAAGCGCAAACAGCAGCUGGCUGACGUGUCGAUGAAUCAGAACCACAAACAGUUGAGCAGGCAAGAAGUGCGCGAGCAGCACAUGAAGGACAUUUUGGCACUAUUCAAAUAGAGCAUUGUGUACAAUUUGGGGACCUUGUGGCAUGGCAUCUUUGCUGAUAUUGCCGAGUUUGGGAAAGGAAUAUGCAUGCACAUUCUGCAGAGGGACGAAGUCAGUG